AUGGACACAGUCAUCAGCGUAUACCACCUCACCAGCCCCGCAACAACGAGAAUCGGUCUCCUCACCCUCCCAGUCUUCUACCUAAGGAACAUCAGUCCUGACAAUGGGACUCAGCUUGACAUUGACAGGCACGUUGUCGCUUACUACGAGUCUGUGGACCCUAGCGCAAAGGCCAACAUCCUUCCCCGCCCCCUCUUCACCGGCAGUACCACCGUUGUGGUCAAUGCCAACAAGUACUGGACCUACUUCCUGGUAGAAAGAGAAGAAGACCCGAACCUUAAUCCGGUUCCCUUCCUACCCGAACCGGUCUUCCACGGCCCGCUUAUCCUCGCUGUCAAAGACUACUUCUACACAGCCACAAUCUCGGACAUUCGGUGGACUCGCAUCAUGCGGUUCUUCUUCCUACUCAGUGAAAUUGAGUGGCCCGACAUCCACGUCCAGCCACUCUUGUGGGGCAGCCCUGCUUUCCUCUGGGAGGAGCCUCCCUACUCUCCACCCCCACUUCUGUGGUGUCUACAACACCAGGACAUCGGCGAGAAGACGUACCUCCCUCAACUGCCGAAGGGCGACCCAACCAGGCAAGGACCCACACUCGCCCACCGCUACCUCAACCUUCAGUCGACCUGGACACAGAUGGCUAGGAAACCAACUCAACAAGCUCACCACAGGUUCGAAGCCUAA